AUGGGCAUAACUCAAGUGAACGGCGAACUGGCGUUACAACCGCUUUCCACGCUGAAACCUCUGAAGGGCAUUCGAGAGGAUAGUGAACUCUCAUGGUCAGAAGUUAACCAAGCACGACACGUCAUGAUCAAGCAGAUGAUCAAGCUGGGAGAGACAAUUUGGCAGGCCGAAGUGGUGGACUCAUUCAUCGAGAUGUAUGAGGCCUUGGACGCACACGGAAUUAGGGAAGAGGACCACGGGGAUGAGGCGGUUGCGGAAUAUCAAGCUAAUGUCAGGAGGGAAUGGCAUGACACCCUAGAGACGACCGGUGGGGCAUGGAAUAUCGGCCUCAUCAACGAGAAGUUACUACACACAAUACGGCAGCAAAUAGUCACAAGAGAAGCCACAGCGCAGGUGAAAGAGCUACGCGCCAUAGCUGCGGCAGCUGCCACCUACCAACACCGAGCCGAGACCUCAGGAAAGCGUCGACGAAGUGGAUACGAGUAUACGACACGACGUCAGCCGUCCCUGCGCCAGCCAAGAAAGCGAGGCACGAUACUGCCACGCCGCCGACACCCAUUGGCCCCAGGGGAGGACGGUUUUUUCACCGAAGCGCUACGGAGUUCCACAGCGCCCCCGUAUGCGCGGUCUGCCUUGGGCGCCACGAGCACGAUUUCGCGUCGUGCGGCAGCAGAUUGCUCUGGGAUGGAAGGACCAAGUCGUGGGCAAAACGGGGAGGCGACAAGAAACUCACCAAGCCAGACGGGGAGAGUUUGUGUUUCCAGUGGCAAGUCUCGGGAUGUGGAAGCAAACAACACCCCUCGAAACACUUCUGCUCAGGCUGCGGGAGUCCUGGACAUGGGGCUCAAAGCUGUCCUCGCGCAGAGAAGGAGUAGGCCACUCACGCCGUACAAAGUGGAGAGCUGGAAGAGGAGGAUACGGGAGUUCUCAUUGGAAACUCGCUAUCGUAAUGUGGUGGAUGGCCUGCGUCACGGCUUUGAUCUUGGGGUUCCCAUAUGGCGCAUAUAG